UGGAUCUACUCGGUGGCCAUGAUCAUCAAGGGGGUGGUGCACGAGAAGGAGACGCGACUCAAGGAGACCAUGAAGACCAUGGGGCUGAGCAGUGGCAUCCUCUGGCUCGGCUGGUUCCUCAGCAGCUUCAUCCCCUUCCUCCUCAGCUCAGCCUUCCUCGUCCUCAUCCUCAAGCUAGGGAAUAUCCUGCCCUACAGCGAUCCUGCUGUGAUCUUCCUCUUCCUCGGCACCUUCUCGGUGGCCACCAUCUGCCAGUGCUUCCUCAUCAGCACCUUCUUCCUCCGCGCCAACUUGGCCUCGGCUUGCGGCGGCAUCAUCUACUUCUCCUUCUACCUUCCCUACGUGCUGUGCGUGGCCUGGCGGGACCACGUCACCUUCCCGCUCCGCGUCCUCGUGAGCCUGCUGUCGCCGGUGGCCUUCGGCUUCGGCUGCGAGUACUUCUCGCUCUACGAGGAGCAGGGCGAGGGCAUCCAGUGGCACAACCUGGGCGCCAGCCCCAUGCCCGGAGACCCCUACAACUUCGCCACGGCCAUGGCGCUGCUGCUGCUGGACGCCGGCCUCCACGGGUCCAUCCUCACCGGGCUGCUGCCCCCCACCUCCGGCACCGCCUACAUCCAGGGCUGGGACAUCCGCUCGGACAUGGACAGCAUCCGCAGGACCAUGGGCACCUGCCCGCAGCACAACCUCUCAGCGCUGAUCCAGAAGCUGGUCCCGGGCUCGCGGCUGGUGGAAGAUAUUGGGCAGGAGCUGCUCUUCGUGCUGCCCUACAGCGGCGCCGAGGACGGCUCCUUUGGGGAGCUCUUCCGGGAGCUGGACGGCCGCCUGGGCGAGCUGGGCAUCUCCAGCUACGGCAUCUCGGACACGAGCCUGGAGGAGAUCUUCCUGAAGGUGGCCGAGGACAUGGGGGUGGAUGUCGAUGUGGCAGGUAAAACCGCCCAG